AGAGGGAGCGGACAGAGGACUGGAGAGAGGGAUAAAUAGCAGUUGAAGAGGGGAGAAGAGGAGAGAAGAGGGGACACUGACUGCUGCAACCUGCGAUAUCUGCAUACAUCAAGAUAUAGCGCGGGACUUAAAUCUUAAUUUGAUGACUAAUUAACGGUUCUGGUGAAUGCGCCAAAACGCACUCAUUGGGUAUUUUCUCAGCCAGCACGUCCAACUUUUCUUUUUCUUCUCAUCACGGGCUGACCCUCGUUUGCUGGUACGUACCGAGGCUCUCCUCUCUGCUCAUCACUUGGAUCUCGACUUGGACCCCUCUUGCUGUGAUCCGGAUCGGCUAUCUUAUCUGUGAUGGGGGCAGCGGCGGAGGUUGGAAGCUUCGUCAACGGAUUUGUGGACAGCUUUGGCCCCGCGGGCGCCGCUCCGGCUCCCGUUGGCUCUCAUUUCGUUCUCACACCAGCUGGGGCGGUGGACUACAACUCGGUGACCGGACUGAUGAUGGGGGGACAGGGCCAGCAGCAGGACCACCUGGUGUCCGCGGAAAGGCUGUCCCGGAGCCUGGCGGACCUUAGCCAUCUGAAAGGGAUUCUGAGGCGGCGGCAGCUCUACUGCAGGACCGGCUUCCACCUGGAGAUCCGUCCCGACGGAACCGUGCAGGGCACCAGGAAGGACCACAGCAUUUUCGGUAUUUUGGAGUUCAUCAGUCUAGCUGUGGGUCUGGUUAGCAUCAGAGGGGUGGACAGUAGCCUCUACCUCGCCAUGAACAGCAAAGGAGAACUGUAUGGAUCGGAGAAGCUCUCUGCAGAAUCUGUUUUUAAGGAGCAAUUUGAAGAAAACUGGUACAACACCUACUCAUCCAACCUCUACCGGCAUGGAGAAAAAGGUGCAUUUUACUUUGUUGGUUUGAACAAAGAUGGGACGUCCCGGGAUGGAACGAGGUCAAGGCGACAUCAGAGGUUCACUCACUUUCUACCAAGGCCUGUAGACCCGGAUAGAGUACCGGAGCUAUACAGGGACAUACUGGGCCAGAGCUGAGACUGACGGGGCAUUACCAUGACCCUGUCAGAGCCAGUCUGAGCUGAAAGGCAACCCAAGUGCACCUAAUCCUAAACCCCUUCUUGAGGGACAUGGAAAAUCCUGUUGAUCUGGGGAUCAUAAAAAGUGCUCCAAAUCAACACUCUCCACCAAUGGCAUGGAGGAAGAAAAGAGACUUUCUAUGAACCACACUAGCCGGGGAGUUUGACUUAACAGCACUAGGGAUCUUCUGUGGAAGAUGUGAAGGCCCCUUGACAGACGCAGGCAUCUGGGCCCCUAAUAUUGCCCCUUUAUUGGCCUAUGCAGAGGCUCCAGUGGCUAAACAGAUGACUUUUGGAUUUGUUUAAGUUUCCCUGCAAGUCCAAAAAUGCAUGUUAAAGAGGACAAAAGUGUGGGAACUAAUAAGUGAGAUUAACAACUGGCUGCUAGUAUAUUGCUUUUUACUUCUGUGGCUGAUGAGUCUUGACAAUUCCACUGUUUUCAGUUAAUUUUAUUCAAAACACUACUGUGGCUGCUAAGUAAAUUAUUUAUAAAAAUGCUUAAUCCACUGGCUGGUUUACACUAAAAAGUAGUUUCAUGCACUGGAAAUCAGCCAUGUCUGUUUUGGGAAACAAAUCUGAGAGUUGGGGGAAUCACUAAUAACGGACAGUCUUCUGGGAUGGCUCGGAAGGAUUCUCCUUUGAAACUGCUCCAAAGAGAGAUGCUGCUCAGAACUUUAUGACUUUUUUACAAAGCCACGCGGAACAAGCAAAGAAGUGCUGAUCCAAUGGAGUUUUAUAAGGACUUGUUCUGUGGUGUACAGUGGCGAAAUACUGCGUGUUCUGUUGGAACUCUAGAGAUGCUUUCUAGAACCCAGUGAAGGAUUUCUGUUGCUCUUCCACCGACUGCGGUCAAACAACGAGCACAGGACCGACAAAGACACCUUUACCUGUUGACAGAUUGUAUUCUUAUUUAUAAGUUUUUGUUUCCUAGGACAUACAUAU